AUGAGAUUAAGAAGAUUGAUACCAGCUAGAUAUACCGUUAAUAAAGCAUUGUUGCAUACAUUCUUGUUAGAUUUUCUUAGGAUCCUGAGUUGUAGAUUUCUUCUCCUUGGGAGCCCAUAUUCGAUGAAUAGAAGAAAGAGAGAGAGAAAGGAAUACUUGUUGCGAAAGGAAAGAGAAAGACUCGACAAGGAAAUGGAAGAAAAAAAGCAAAGAUUAGGGGAGGCGCUGGAGACAAACACAAAGAUACCGCAUGGGAUCAGGAAGGAUGCAGCUACAUUGCUGAAUGAAAUGAUUUAUGAAGGAAAGAUAGAAGAGGAACAUAGAUAUCCAAAAGUAAUGGUUACAACGUCUAGAAGCCCAAGUUCUCAACUGUUACAUUUCUCAAAGCAGUUGUCCUUAGUGCUGAAUGGAGAGAACUUUAUCCGAGGACAAUUGUGCGAGGAAGAGAUAAGUGAUGUAGCACAUAAGCACGGAUAUACAUGUGUUGUAAUUGUUCAUGAAAACAGAGGAAGGCCGGCAUCGCUUGCUAUAUCUUAUUUUCCGUUUGGGCCUACUAUGAGAUUCACAAUAAUAGACCAUUUUCUGACAAGAAGAACUUUUCCUCUUUCACCCAAGGUAUAUUUUAUAUGUGACAACAUGGAAGGUCCUGUUGGAAUAAAGGUCAAAGAGAGAAUAGCGUUGUUGUUUCCUAAGUGUAGUGGAGCCAAAAGAAUAGUUAGCCUAGUGAACAGAAAUGAUACCAUUGCAUUUAGGCAUUACCUAAUAGAGAAAGGAGACAAAACCGUGCUGAACAAAAGCCUUGGGAUGGAUCUUAGGGUGUACGAGAUAAGAAAGGGGACCUUUGAGGUGGAUGGAGAGUUUGAAUGGGCCUAUAAACCGUAUAUGAAUUCUAGAAGGACUCGGGAGGAGAUAGGGUGCACAUCUAAGGAGUAA